ACCAUGAAAUUGUUUAACUUUCUUUUCUAUGUUGCUGGAUUACUUGAAGCAUAUUCAUAUGAUGACAUCUCAAGCGGCAAAAUUGCCACCCAAUCACACACCUAUGUUGGCACGAUGUACGACGCUGGUAACGCAGUUGAUGGAAACAUAACAAAGUGUAUGAGGACGCUAGAAAUAGGACAAAAUGCUCCUAAAGAGACAGUGUGGUGGAAGGUGGAUCUCGGUGCUGUUUACAACAUAUACAGAAUAAACAUCUUGUUUAGAAACUACGACGGUUAUGUUGAGCGUCAAAGAGGACGAUUCGCAGGAUUCUCGCUCUAUGUAUCAAACUCUGAUGUGCUAUCUAGUGCAGCUAUAAAAAGCUCCUUUCUGUGUUACAAGAACGAAAACCUGUUACCACACCUGAACUUUUCAAUAGUGUGUACAGAAAUGGGGCGAUACGUCAUAUAUUAUAAUGAACGUUUUAAAGAAGUCCAAUACCCAGCAGGAUAUGAAACCGAAAAUGUUCAAACAGAGCUAUGUGAGGUCAUUGUACAAGGUUGUGCUAAUGCCAGUGUAUACGGUAAGAACUGUGACACGCCUUGCCCCACCAACUGUAAAAACAACACAUGUCACAUACAAAAUGGAACGUGUUUUACGUGUAUACCCGGAUGGACUGGACAUUAUUGUAAUACAAAAUGUGAAGAAGGAUGGUAUGGUUUCAGCUGCAGUCAACAGUGUGAAGGACAAUGUAAAGAUGGUACUAUCUGUAAUCACGAGAAUGGUCACUGUGAGAAAGGUUGUGAUGCUGGAUGGACAGGAACUUUCUGUGAUAUAGAUUGUUAUGAUGGGACCUAUGGAUAUAACUGUGUCAACAACUGUAGUGGGCACUGUCUGGACAAUUCGCCGUGUAACAAACAGACGGGUAAAUGUAACAAGGGAUGCAACCCGGGAUAUACUAUAGGUGAUUGCAGCAAAGAGUGCUCAAAGGGAUAUUUUGGAUUGAACUGCAAAGAACGAUGUAGCGGUCAGUGUGCUAACAGUGAACCAUGUGACCAUAUCAAUGGAGUGUGUCACAGUGGUUGUCAGGACGGAUACAUUGGGGACAAUUGUAAAAGCGCUUGUGAUGAAGGAUAUUUUGGCAAUAAAUGCUCACGACAAUGUUCACCUAACUGUAAAAGUGAUACAUGUCGACACACAGACGGAUGGUGUACAUGUGCUGCAGGUUUAAAGGCUGAUAAUUGUACCAUCGAAUCUCCGAAUCUUACCGAAUUACCUUCAUCGAACAAUAUGACUGUAACUGUUGGAGGAACGGUUGGCUCAUUAGUAAUUGUAGCUAUUGGAGUUAUAUUGGCCUUUGUUGCUAUACGACUUAAACGAAAAUCUACAAAAAUGGCAAAGAGACAGUCAUUUGUGAUGGAAACAAAAACUUUCGAUAUAAAGAAAUCGAAGAAGGACCUUCCUAAUCCACCAAGUUGUAGAUCACAAAUGUUGGAAGCAAAUGGAAGUAGAGAGACCACAUAUGCUUUGCCUGAGAAAACUAAGCGGGGUCCUCCAACCAACAAAAACAUUCCGAUCAGAAAUAUGAAAGCACAGAUUGCAAACAUGUCUCUGAAUGAAAACGCUGGAUUUAAGAGUGAAUACCAUGACAUACCUCGAGGAGAGCUUCACCCAUGCUUUGAGGGAAAGAAACCGGAAAACAAAGUUAAAAAUAGAUACACUACCAUAUUCCCAUAUGAUCACUCUCGAGUAAUAUUAAAGGAAGCAGCCAGCAAUCAAGGGGGAUACAUUAAUGCUAAUUACAUUGACGAUACUAAAGAAAGGCGGACAUAUAUUGCUACCCAGGGUCCAAAACCAAAAACAAUAGCAGAUUUCUGGACCAUGAUUUGGCAGGAGGAAGUCUGUAACAUUGUCUGUUUGACCAAUCUAACAGAGGGAACAAAGAACAAGUGUGCCCAGUACUGGCCAGAUAUCAACGACAAACUACAGGGCGGGACGUUGACUGUUAGACAUCUGGAGGAAAAAACCUACGCUGAGUACAUCAUCAGACGAUUCAAGAUACACAACAAAUCGACCAGAACAGACCGUCAAGUGACGAUGUUCCACUUCACCACGUGGUCAGAUCAUGGAGUGGCCGAUCCCCUCAGUCUGGUCGUGUUUCAUCGUCACGUGAUCAGAGCCACUGCUAACUCUGCUGGGAAGUACACAGUGGUACACUGCAGUGCAGGAGUUGGUAGGACCGGAACGUACAUUGCCUUAGACGCCCUCUACCGAGAAGGAGAGAGAACUGGUAAAAUCAACGUACCGAUGUACGUCAGAACAAUGAGGAAAGACAGAAUGAACAUGAUUCAGGGAGAUGACCAGUACAGGUUGCUCUAUCUAGCACUAAGAGACGCCUUCAGUGGUCGGUCCAAAUGUUUGAAAACAGAAAAGUUUCUGAGUCACUACCAAGAACAUUCCUGUUAUACCAAUUGUGGAGAUGUAGAACAAAAGCAAUUAUAUUCUUCCGAUAUAGAGGAGUUACUGUCCUUGAGAAAGGAGUAUACACAACAAGAUUACAUAUCUGGUCGGGCUCAGAUAUCAGCUAACUACACAGAGAGCGUACUUCCUGUUGAAGAGUUCUUGUGUCAUCUGUCCUACAUAAAGGGUCAUAAUACAUACUACAACGCAGUUCUUCUCCAGUCGUACCUGGAGAAGGACUCCCUGAUCAGCGCCCAGUACCCUCUACCAGACAACACCGAGGACUUCCUUAGACUGAUCAAGGACUUUGACGCACGUGUUGUCGUUUUCCUGUGUCCACUCAAGGACAUCGAAUCUACAUCCAAAUGGUAUCCAUCGGAAGGCCAAACAAAAUUUGAUGGAAUGUUCUACAUUAAGAACCUAUCCUCCUCUAAGGCCUCAAACGUUACAAUAAACAAAUUAAAUAUACAGCCAACGGGGUUUAACCAAAUGGACAUAACCGUUUUGGAAUGCCCAAAAUGGAGAGAAAAACAGAAAACUUCUGAUAAAAGAAUUCUUUUGGAUGUGAUCAAGUCUGUCAAAACUGAAAAGACGAACGAAAAGGGACGGGUUCUAGUUCUGUCAAGUGAUGGAGCUACACGCUGUGGUCCUUUCUUUGUUGUAUACAACGUGUUGGAACAGAUCUCCGUAGACAGAGAGGUGGACAUCUUUACAGCUGUACGUCAGAUCCAGAUACGGAGACCAGAGUGUGUCUCCACUGUGGAGGAAUACCAGCUUUGUCAUGACGCCGUGGCAGAGUAUCUCCUGAAUGACUGUGUAUAUGGAAAUUGUUGAAGAUACACAAUUGAGCAGUAAACAAUUGUAACCUUUGAAAACUUUAGUUUUUACAAAAACAUUUUCUUUUUUUGUACAAAUAUGUUCACUUUUUUUGGCUGAUAUAAAAAUGUUAUUGUGUUUUUUAUGCACAUGUAAUUUUUUCAUCCCUAAAACUGUAGACUGCAUUUAUAUUGAUUCUGUGGUUUUGUUUAUAAGAAAAGCAAUUUAUUUUUUUAACUUGAAAACCUAUUUCAAUUUCCUACUUUGAUAUUGAGUUUGACUAUUGGUUUAACUUUGUGUAACUCACUAACUAAACUAUAUGGUAUCUGUUAAUUUUGUUAUCGCGCUUUAAUUUGGACAUAAUGCGUGUUUAAAAUUAAUUUCUAAUCUAGAUUUCUGUUAUGCAUAAUUAAUAAAUGUUAAAACAAACGUUGAAUCAUUGUUACUGUUUUAAAACUGAUUAAUCCAAUUUAGUAGGUAUUACAAAAAUACAAAAGAUAACCAAUUAUUUUUUCAAUUAUCUUAUAAAUUGUUCCAAUUUUUAUUCAAACUGCAUUUUAGGUUCUUUUCAAAAUCUGUAAUCAACAUAUAGGCCGUUGACAUUUCAGAGUCAUUCAGCAGUACAUAAAUGUAAGAAGCAAUCCUUAGCAUUGUAAACAAUUCACGAAACAUUUAAGUUAAACUUCCUUAAUUGAUAUCUUUGUACUUCUUUAUUUGGUAGUAAACUUGUCUGGUAUAUGUACAUGGAUUUUGCUGUUGUUUUUCCUAACACACAAUGUUUUUUAGUAACAUUACAGUAGCAAGGUUUUAUAUUACUAUCAAUAUUUAUCCAAAUUGAUGCUUUUGACAGAAUAUAUCAGUGUUUGACUGAAGUCCUUUUCUCUGUACAACGACAUGUGAUGCUUUCGAUUUCGUUUGGGUUUUUAUCUGAUUAAAAUUUUUCGCUGUAAUUUUUGGUUCUCAUACAAAAGAUGAUUUGUUCCCAAAAGUAUGAUAUACAUGCAUAUUAUAUGUUUAUGUUUAUGUGUACAUGCGUAUAUGCUAACUAAUGAACAUCGUUUAACUAGUUGACUGGUUCUUUUAAUAGAUAGUUGAUUUUUCAGCAACGUAGCACGAUUCGUUGCUUUGUGAAUGGCAACGCUAAUUUUUGUAAUGUGUUUAUUAUUUUCUUUGUUAAUCUUCUAUUUAUCAAAAUAAAUUUAAGCCUAGU